GAGGGAGAAUUCCCUGUGUAUGCCGCGUCAAUCAAACUCGGCAUGAGAUUCCCUCCACACCCCUUCGUUGUGGAGGUGUUAGAUGGUUUCAAUAUUGGGGUGGCCCAGCUGACCCCCAACUCAUGGGCGGAUAUCUUUGGCUACAUUGCCAAAUGUGCACUGAACGACGUGGAGCCGUCCUUCAACGCCUUUCUGCAUCUGGUCUCCCUCUCUCGUUCCCCCAGUGCUGCCAAAGGGUGGUUUAAUCUGAGCAGCCGUGGUACCUACCAGACAGUGGUCGGCAAGCUCAGCAAGUGGCAUAUGUGGAGGAAGAGGUGGGUCGUGUUUUACACUGACGACCAGGAGAUGUAUGAGAGAAUGAGCCGUUGGAACUGUGACGCCAACUUCAUGGAUCGUGACGAGCCCCUCCCCCCCCUUACUGCCGAAGAGUGGGAUCAGAUAAUGGUCCUGUUCAGGGCCAACACUUACCACUUAACAGUGGAUAAGAGUUUCCAUGUGCCGGCCGAGUGGUUGCCGCACAUUAGCCAGUUUCGGAACGAGGCCUUUCUAGCGGCCGUAGGCUUAGGAUAUUCCAUGACUCGAGGUUGUAUGCCAAUUUAUGUGCCGUUCCGCGUUGGUCUAUUCAUUUUUUCUAACUUUGGAUUUCUUUUGUUCACAGAGGAAGGAAUGAGCAAGUUAUCGGCGGCGGAUAUUGGGAAGGGCGAUAUGACCGAUUGGAUGGCGGACAUCUAUGAGGCCAAGAUGCAGAAAGCCAAGGCCGAAUUGGAGGAGAAGCAAGCUAAAGACGCGGCUAGGGCGUCAGGGAAGAAGAAGGGGACGACUCUGUCCCAGCUGAAGAAGAGAGCUGUGCCGGCUGGCUCGGAGACUCCGAGUACCUUCAAGAAGCCAAAACCCCUACCUCGCCGUCUCGUGAAGAAAGACGAGUCGAAGGUUGCUGAGGGGGGAUGCCCUGAUGACGAAGAGAUGGGCGUGGACAAGCCGUCUCUGGUGGUGGACUUGGUGGAGGACCCUCUUUCGGGAAUCCCGGCCGACGUCCGCUCUCAGAUACCGGCGGAGGUGGCCCGCCGAGCUAGGUCUUCGGGCGCCAAAGACAAAGGGAAGGAUGCAGCUGCUGCCGAGGAUGAGAACGUACCUGCUACUCCCCACUAUUCGUCAAAGGAUAGGGCGGCUAUAUGUCUGCCCCAAACAUCUUGGCCUGACGCAUCCUCUCCAUCUCCUGCCAGUAUGUCCAAGCAUCUACACCCCAAGGCUGAGGACCGCUCCCUCCGAAGUAGUAACCAGGAGGAGGAACAAAAGGCCUCGAAAGGAGCAGCUCCCCUAUCAGCAUCAGAAUUCCUCUGA